AACUGCACACAGUGUGACGCAAGUUCUACUUAUCAACAAGGGUCGAGACACGUUCAGACUGUUUUCCAUCAGACUUUUUCAUCAUGCCGGCUGUUCUGGGAUAUUGGAACGUAAGAGGGCUAGCUCAGCCCAUCCGCCUUAUGUUGGCCUAUGCUGGGGAGGAGGUGGAGGAAAAACGCUAUCAGAUGGGACCAGCCCCAGAAUUCAACACAGAUGAUUGGUUGACUGACAAGGCCAAGCUGGGAGUGCCAUUUCCAAAUCUCCCGUAUUACAAAGAUGCCGGCACUACAAUUAUUCAGAGUCGUGCUAUUAUGAUGCAUCUGGCCAGAAAGCACAACUUAUGUGGCAACACUGAGGCAGAAAGAAUAAGAGCAGAUAUGAUGGCUUCGCAACUCUUUGACACGUUGAUGAGCUUUGUCCGAGUCUGUCUGGCGACAAACGUUUUCAAAACUGACUACAAAACUCUGAGGGAGACUUUUUUGAAAGGCCUUCCAGACACGCUGAAGUCUUAUUCAGACUUUCUAGGAGACAACUCAUGGGUUGGUGGCAACAAUAUCACAUAUGCAGACUUUAACAUGUACGAGUUGUUGGACUGGUUCAGAAUGUUUUCACCCGGAUGUCUGGACGGGUUCCCCAAUCUUGUCGCCUUCUGCAAUAAUUUUGAGGCUCUUCCAGCCAUUAAAAAAUACAUGGCAUCCGCGCAGUUCUUGAAGACCCCAGUGUUUACCCCGAUUGCUGACUGGACUGCAUAGAUACCACGUGACAGCCUUCCGACACCACGUGGCACAUGUCGGAUUUAGGUUAAUUUUGCUUUAUUUUUUUACGAAAGAAGCAAUAACGUUGACCAGAUUACAACAAAUGCGGAUACCAGCAAAUUCAGGUUUGGAAUCAGUGCGAACGGGACCCAGGUGACAUUCGCAGUGUGGUCACGAAACUUCAUAUUGCCAGUUAAAAACAGAAGUUCAGAACAGAAGCCUGAAUCUUGAUCGGAUUACGUAGUUACAUAAGAUACAUAAGUAGCAUUAAAACUGAGAAUUCAUCUCAGUAUUUGGUACAACUUUUUUAGUCAUUCAAAGUUUUUUUCUAACGUAUUCUUCUCUUUUUGCUGUAUUAUUAUUACUAUUUAUUUUAUUUUACUUUUUGUAGUUGAUGUAGUAAUUGUUGCGAAAGGUGCACAAAAACCAGUGACAAUGAAGAAGCGUGAUUGCAUUUUUAAAACAGAAACACAUUCUGAAUAACGCUUUCAUUACCUCUGAGGACAUGCUCUUUAUGUUUCUUUUAUUUAUUUAUUUAUAUAUUUAUUUAUUUGUUUGUUUGUUUGUUUAUUUAUUUAUUCAUUGUUUUGGGUGAUUUUAGAGGACGACAAAUAGCUAUGCAUAAAGUGAAAAUAUCUUUGCUAGUUCAGUCAAAUACAUGUAAUUCGCUUAUCAAUCUAACAGGAAUGUUGAAGAUGCGAUUAAUCUGUGCCUACACACUGUACUACAACACUUAGAUAACAAAAACUCGUAUGCAAGGAUUUUAUUUAUUGGCUUCAGUUCAGCUUUUAACACAAUUGUGUCAUAAAGACUAUAUUUGAAACUUUUAAACCAUCUUAAGCUACCUGUUUUUAUUUGUGACUGGAUUUUAGACUUUCUCUUAGAUAGAAGACAAUCAGUUAAAGUCGACUCUUUUAUCUCAAAAACAACAGUUUUAAAUACUGGCGCACCACAGGGGUGCGUCCUUUCACCCUGCCUUUACUCCCUUGAUUGGACUAGUCUAAGCCACGGGACUUUUCUUAUGAAAUUUGCGGUUGAUACUACGCUUGUGGGGCUAGUUACUGAUAAUGACGAGAGUCUUUUAUUUUGAUCUCAAAACCAAUUUCUUAAUUUAUCUGUUGUAUAACUUUUACUCUGUAUAUCAUCAAACUUGAUUUCCGAUUUUUAUAAUUGGCUAAAUAAGCUCUUAUCUUAUAUAUGUUUAAUUCUUAUGUUGCAAAAAGGAAGAGAAAUAGAAAAAAUUGAAGUGAUCCAAGCAUGAAUCGUUUUUGUUGAAGUUACCUCAGGACAAUUAAAUGUUUAAAACAUAA